AUGAAGCGGAAUGGUUACAGGACGAGGCGGUCGAUAAAAAGUCAUAUAGAUCCUCAAAUACUCACUGGAUGCAGGAACUAUUGGGUAUCCGAGCGAUCGUUAGAAUACCAUCACAUGAAAAUGAUUUCACUGCCGGUAUACAAGAUUCACCACCCUCCACUGCGAAGCCAUUCGGUGACGUCUCGGCGCCACGCCAUCGACAUCGGGCGUUUUCUGUCAAUUAACCGCGAUCCAGCUACGCCGAAAUGUGCAUUAAGGUCGACAUCGGAGUUGACGUGUGGAUGCAAGCGUGGCGAGGCGGAUCGCUCACGGAUUGGUGGACUGAAAGGUGGCGUGAUGUUGUGA